CCGUGGUCUUCAGCUCACAAACGCAAGAAUUCCAUGUCAUAAGAAAGCCCGCGGCAGUUAAAGCCACCACACCUGCCCAACAGCUUUUCAUGGUACGUGCCCAAAUCUCCAGGCAGAUCCGCCCUUUGAUGUCGUGCCCCACACGUUCCUGGUGACGGCACCUCACCUACUCCAGCCCAGCACCACCAUAUCCAUGUGGACAUCAGCACACAAAAUACACUACACAUAAAAGAUGGUGCUUGAAAGACGCGAGCCGCUCGUCAUCACGCGGCCCUACUACUUGGAGAGUUCCGACUGCGGCUACUGCCACUGCAAGCCAAAGGCCGUUUCGCCAGCAAAGAAGACAUAUCCGGCCGAAACCAACAUUCCCCCGGCGCCGACCCACGUGACCAUCGGCUGCAAGGUCGAGCAGAUGUCUUGUGCCGACUACGACGACUUCAUCAACCUCGGAUUCCGCCGCCUGGGCGACUUUUUGUACAAGGGAGACAUGCUCCGGGGGUGCUGCCGCAUGUACACUAUCCGGACGCAGUUGGCGCAGAUGGCCCUCUCGAAGGAACACCGGCAGGUCGUGAACCGGUUCAAAAGAGCCAUUGGGGAAAAACCCGGCGGGAAGGCCGGGCACGUGACCAACGCCCGCUUCUCGUUGGCUUCGCUCAUAGAGGCCGAGCAGCAGUCGACCAGAUUCUGCACUCGCUUCGAGCCUGCCACGUUCAGCGAGGAGAAGUUCGCCUUGUACAAGCGCUACCAGACCGUGGUGCACCACGACAAGCCGGAAAAGGUCACCAAGGCUCUGUUCACGGACUUUCUCUGCAAGUCCCCGUUUUUGGACCACGAGGCCGAGGGCCACGCUGCCCAGUGGCGCGAGCUCAACACGUGGGUGGCCAGCUGGAAGGCCGGCAAGGCCGCUCACGUGACGCGCUUGGGCCCGACGCACGAGUGCUACUAUUUGGACGGGAAGCUCAUUGCCGUUUCCGUGUUGGACUUUCUUCCCAGCGGCGUUUCGUCCGUGUACUUGAUCUGGGACCCCGACCACGCCCACUUGUCUCUAGGCACGCUUCUGGGGGUGCGUGAGGUGCAGAUGUGCCACGAGCUCAACCUCGGCUACUAUUACUUGGGCUACUAUAUGGAAGACUGCACCAAAAUGCGGUACAAGAAGAAGUUUGGGGGCGAGCUUUUGGACGUGUGCAACGAGACGUUUGUGCCUUUGGAGAAGGUGCGUCCCAUGAUGGCCGACGACGGGUUCUGGGUCAUAACCGAGGAUGGGCACGAGGAGGAUGAGAGUGGCGAGGAGAGCGAGGUUGAAAGUGGAGAGGAGAGCGAGGUUGAAAGUGGCGAGGGGAGCGAGGAGAGCGAGGUUGAAAGUGGCGAGGGGAGCGAGGUUGAGAGGAGCGAGGUUGAAAAGAAGAGCGAGGUUGGAAGUGGAAAGGAGAGCGAGGUCCAGGGUGUUUGCCGUAUCACCAAUCAAUCUGAAAACGCAAACAAGAAAGACGGAAGAAGCAAAGACAACAAGUCCGGCGAGGACACGGCACCUACCCAACAACGACAAGAUUGCAAAACAGGGUGCGGCAAAAUCUGCUGCGGCAAAUCCAAACCGGGGCCUGAGGACACCACGGAAUCCGAGCUGGACGAGGGCGAACAUGAACUCACGUUGUCGGGCCUGCCCGGUGCCUGGAGACAUAAUAUCGUGGAUGUUUCGCAGCAAAUCUACAGCAAUAAAGAGACAUACAAAACGGCGGAAAUCGCCGAAAAAGUGCUCGGCUCCCAAUUGGGGUGCUCGGCCUCGGAGCUUCCGCGCGUCCUCCCAGGCGCCAUUCCACUAGUCCAGCUAGUGUCGUGGAUCGAAGAAAAUGCGUUGGAUCUAGGGCUUCCGGUGACAGUUUAUAGCACUCGCACGGGCCGGUUGCACGAGUGCGAUCUUGGCGAAUUGCCCCCCACAGAAAGGAACCACGUGAUCGAUUUUCUCCGUUUGUUCGGCUUGGAACGCACGCAGACAGCGAUAAUCCUCGUAUAAAUAUGGCAUUUAGGGCUCAAUUCGGUAAAAGCGUCU